AUGGCAGAAUCGUCUGGCUCGCCGUUUGCAUACAAUACUGCUAAUGCGCACCAGUUCAAGUCUUUCAAGACCGGCGCAUAUGGCCCGACAUUUUCUGUCGGCAAACCCGUGUCCCCCAGCGCCCUGCCGUUGACCUCGUCGACUUCAUCAAGCUCUGCAUCGAGUACUACAUGGCCUCAGCAAGUUAACCACGCGGAGCAUACGCCUGCCGCGGUAGCAAAUAAUGAUUCCAACUCUUCAAGACUGCGACCCCAUCUCACUGAGGAGGAAAACAAGAUCGUGCAGGAGACAUCGGCAAAAAUUACCUCGUCUCUUGCUGGAGAUCACCUUGUUACUUUGUUUCCUGAUGUCGACAAUCCAUUCGUGGACGGUGAUGAUGUGGUCAAGAGGUUGCUACCAUAUCACGUGUAUCAGCAGCCGCAGGAGGAUUUGCAGUACGUGAUGAAGGCCGCCAGGUGGAGCAAGGGCAAAAGCAAAGCUACGGAAGUGAGUGCACUAAGAGAGGAGAUUGCAGAGACCAGAUUCGCUAUCCAGUGUUUCAAGCGACAAAAAGCCUUGGAGGAACGCUUCAGACGAGCCAGGAUAAAAGCUGGCAAGCGUAAAGCUCCGGAUGAUCAAGCAUACAUCCUUGCUCAGGCCAUGCUGGAAAGCGAACGGAAUGAGAACAUACAACUGAACGCAGAACUCCGGAGCGCACGCUCAGAGCUAGAGAAAAUCGAGCGCGAAAAGCGACUGCAGUCCGCACCUCCUCGCCCAUCCUACUAUCCUCAGCCCGCUGGUUCAUCCUACGUCCAUCAUUAUCGACCAUAUCCCUAUUCUUAUACGCCGACUUAUACACCUACGCAAUCCUACACGCAGCAAUACGGGGCACCCCCGCCAGGUACCCCGGUCUACAGUCCAGCUCCUACCCCAGCACCCCUGCCAGCGCCAACGCCAGCCCCGACUCAGUCUACAGAUUCAUCAAGCCAGAACCCCGUACCAUCAGGACCCGUCCCUGUGCAGCUGCCUGUCUCUUCGCUUCCAGAACUGCAAAGGAUCGGCAUUAUUCCCGUCCCUGUGUCAUCCGUGAAGCCCGCCGAAUCUCCGCCAGCAGCUAUACUAAAGCACUUCAGUGGCGGAAUGGUGUAUCUGGACGUGAACGUAGGGCUCCUACAACCGGCCCAAAUGAGCGGGCUGGCGAUCCUACUGAACACGUUGAUGGCCAGGGGGACCACCGCACAGUCUACAUCAUCUGGGGGAAGUUCGGUGGCAAGUCCUCCUGUAGUGGCUCCUUUAACUGAUGCAGGCGGUCCGUCCGGGCAAUAG